AUGGCUCAACGUACAAUGGACGUUUUAGUCGUUGAUGAUCGAGAAAAGCAAAUGCAAAUUUUCAAAGCUUUACGUGAUGAGAUCAAUGAUUCACAAAACGAAGAAAGAAAAGUAGAAAAUGAUUUACGAAAAUUCCUGAAUCAACAAGAUGAACUUAUUGAUGAAGAACAACAAUCUUUAACCGUUUUAUCCGAUUUAAAAGAUCAAUUAACAUUGAAAUCAAUGCACAUGAAAUAA